UCACUUGCAACAGAUCUUAGCCACCCCAAGCCAGUUGCUGUAUGCCCACCACCAUGGCCCUUCACGGGCCACCGGCAGCAGUAGUAGCGCUACUACAUCUGCUGCUACAGAUCCACCUCGCAGUCAUGCUGUGCUCGCUUCUCCUCCCUUCGUCAGCCGUUGCGUUCACCGGCAACAACACUGCUGCGGUGGUGGCGGCGCGGUGGGUCUCGUGCUUGCCAGACCAGGAGACGGCGCUGCUGCAGCUCAAACGCUCGUUCACCGCCACCGCCGACUCCAUCAGGGCGUUCCGGUCAUGGAAGCUCGGCACGGACUGCUGCGGAUGGGCGGGCGUGCAAUGCGGUGAUGCCGACGGCCAUGUGACUUCCCUGGACCUGGAGAGUUGGGGUCUGGAGAGCGCAGGUCUCGACCCUGCGCUUUUCGAUCUAACCUCCCUCAGGUACCUCAACCUUGGCUGGAACAAUUUCAAUUCGUCAGAACUCCCGUCCACUGGAUUUGAGCGAUUGACCAAUCUCACCAGUCUCAAUCUCCCCAACACCAACUUUUCCGGUCAAGUUCCUCACAACAUAGGUCGUCUCACCAACUUGGUCUCUCUUGACCUCUCCGUUUCCUUCGAAAUUGUAGAGUUGGCCGACGAGAUGGAUAGGUAUAUGGUGGAUGGCCCUGACAACAUUUGGCAGCUAUCCGUGACAAACUUCACAUCCUUAGUCGCAAACCUCAGUAGUUUGAGGGAGCUUCAUCUUGGUUGUGUCGACCUAUCCCAGUCAAUAGAGUGGUGUGAUGCUCUAUCCAUGUACGCUCAAAAUCUUCGUGUCCUUAGGUUGCCAUAUUGCAAUAUUGAAGAGCCAAUAUGUGGAUCACUCUCUGCCUUACGCUUACUAUAUGUGAUUGAUCUACAAUACAAUUUUUUGAACGGUCAAGUUCCAGAUUUCUUUGCCAACUAUUCCUUGCUCAGCGUUCUCCAGCUUAGCUACAAUCACCUAGAAGGAUGGGUUUCUCCCAAAAUCUUCGAACAUAAGAAAUUAGUGACUAUCGAUCUUCACCGUAAUAGUAAACUCUCUGGUAGCCUUCCAAAUAUCUUAGCUGAUAGUUGUUUACAAAAUUUGCUAGUUGGCCAUACCAACUUCUCUGGUACGAUACCAAGUUCCAUUGGUAAAAUCAGAUCUUUGAAAAGGCUAGGCCUUGAUGCACCUGGAUUUUCGGGAAAUCUGCCCUCAUCAAUUGGCGAGCUCAAAUCCUUGAACACACUGAAGGUAUCAGGUUUAAAUCUAGUAGGACCUAUACCAUCAUGGAUAACAAACUUAACUUCCUUAGAGGUUCUUAAAUUUUCUCAAUGUGGCUUAUAUGGACCAAUACCUUCUUCCAUAGGUCAUUUGAUGAUCAAACUAAAAACAUUUGCUGUCAUACAAUGCAAAGCUUCUGGGGGGAUACCUCCGCACAUCUUUAAUAUGACACAAUUAGAAGAACUAGCCCUUGGUUCGAACAAUUUCACAGGGACAGUGGAACUUAACUCGUUAUGGAGACUACCAAACCUAUCCCUCUUAGACCUAUCAAACAACAAGAUAAUUGUACUAGAGGGACAAGAAAAUUCUUCAAUGGUAUCCUUCCCUAACAUAAAUUUCUUAAAAUUGGCGUCAUGUAGCAUCACUAAGUUCCCUAGCAGUUUAAAGCAUCUAAAUCAUUACAUUGGGCUUGACCUUUCAAAUAAUCAAAUGCAUGGGGGCAUACCCCAGUGGGUAUGGGAAAAAUGGUCGACAGACCCAUCCUUCGCCCCAGACAGUGGCCUUGUCUUUCUUAAUUUUUCACACAAUAAAUUAAAUAGUGUUGGCUAUGAAACCUUCCUUCCUAUUCAUUCAAUAAAGCUGGACCUCAGUUUCAACAUGUUUGAGGGGCCAAUACCCCUACCCCAAUAUGGUGGGGAAGUGCUUGAUUACUCUGGCAACAUGUUCUCAUCCAUGCCACAUAUUUUUUCUACUCAACUUGGAGAUACUUACGUUUUCAAGGCAUCUCGAAACAACCUUUCGGGGAAUAUUCCAACAUCUUUUUGUAUGGUUUAUGAAAUUUUAGAUCUCUCUUACAAUACCUUUAAUGGUUCAAUCCCCUCUUGCCUGAUGGAGGAUGCCAAUCCAUUGAGAGUUCUAAAUCUCAAAGAAAAUCAACUUGACGGAGAGCUUCCUGACACUAUCAAUGAAAACUGCACUCUUGAGUUGCUAGACAUAAGUAGCAAUCUUAUUGAAGGACAGUUACCCAGAUCUCUUGUGGCUUGCAAAAGGUUGGAGGUCCUUGCUAUCGCAAACAAUAAGAUAACAGACACUUUUCCAUGUUGGAUGAGUAAACUCCCAAAACUUCAAGUUCUCAUCCUAAAGCACAACAAUUUCUUUGGAGUGGUGAUGCCAUCUAGCGCCAAAAACAAAAUCACUUGCGGAUUCCCAAGACUAUGGAUUUUGGAUCUAUCCUACAAUAACUUCUCAGGCACACUGAACAAAGAAUGGCUUUCAAAAUUAAUGGGCAUGAUAGUCGAAGUUAGUAAUGAGACAUUGGUGAUGGAAUAUUACGCUGAUCAAAAUGAAGUCUACCAGCUUAGCACUGAACUCACAUGCAAAGGAUCAGAGCACCAAUUUUAUAAGAUAUGGAGGACCCAUGGAUUCCUUGAUGUCUCUAAUAAUGCUUUCCAGGGGAGCAUUCCUACAGAUAUCGGGGGGCUUGUUUUGCUGGACGUGCUCAACAUGUCACACAACUCCUUCACAGGGCCAAUUCCAUCUCAGCUCGGUCAUUUGGCACACUUGGAGUCUUUGGACCUGUCCUCUAAUGAGCUUUCUGGGGAGAUCCCACUGGAGCUAGCAUCGUUGGACUCACUCACAACAUUGAACCUAUCCAACAACAAGCUGGUGGGAAGCAUACCAGAAUCACCUCAUUUCUUGACAUUCUCCAACAGUUCAUUUCUCGGAAAUGAAGAUUUGUGCGGGCCUCCACUGUCAAAAGUGUGCAACAACAAUGUAAAGUCAAAUGCGGUGCCCUCCAAGAAGAAGAAAUCUGUAGACUUUAUAUUAUUCCUAUUUGUUGGAAUAGGAUUUGGUGUUGGAUUUGCACUUGCAAUUGUAGUGGCAUGGGGAAUUCCUGUUAGGAAACGAACUUGAGAAGUACUGGAACCAUUUUCCAUGAUGUAUUAAAAUGAAAUAAAUUUCAUGUUAGGGGAUACGCAAUCAAGGUAGUCUUGACUCUUGACGUCCUGUAAACCUUUAUUGCUAUUUUAUAUAAAAAAUCGUCAACAUGUUAAUGCUAA